AUCAGUUAUUAUUCAUAUGCUGGUGUUCGUCUGAUACACACUGCUGAGGAAGGAGCUACAACAGACUCUGAGUCAUUUGCUGUAUCUAGUUCUGGCCUGUAUCUGGCUAUAUGGGACCAAGGAUCUUGUACUGUUAUUAAUCGGAUUGUUGUAUUCUACAAUGUCUGUCCUUAUCAAGUAUUGAAUAAAGCUGUCUAUCCAGAGACAGUAGCUCCUCAAGGGGGUUUUGAUCCAGAUAAAAAUGUGAAUGCUACUUGUAUUGAUAAUGCUAGUCCUACAUCAUCAAAUAUUUUAAGUUUAAGGUGUAGGUUAUUAGGAGUGUGGAUUGGAUCAGCUUCAUGUCAAUGUAAUGCUGGAUAUGAGGCUAAUGAUACAAUUUGUCAAGCUUGUGAAGAAGGCACCUACAAGCCAUUUGCAGGAGACAGUGAUUGCAAUGGUUGUCCUAAUAACAGCUACUCAGCUAGUCCUGGUGCUGUGUCCUGCCAGUGUCUGUCUGGCUAUUAUAGAGCACCUCAUGAAGAUAUCACUGUGAGGUGCACUGCUCCUCCUAGCUCACCUCAGAACUUAACAAAUACUUCAGUUACAAAGACUAAUAUUAGCAUUGCUUGGCUUGAGCCUACUUAUAAUGGAGGCAGAACUGAUCUUUAUUAUGUCAUCAGCAUUAAAAGCUCAACCAAUGUCAUUGAAUAUAGUACAGGACAUACAAACUACACACUAAUGGGAUUAACUCCAUUCACAACAUAUGAAAUACAAGUGAUUGCAAGAAAUGGAGUGUCAGAUCAAGACAAUGCUAAUGAUAACAAUAGAACUGUUACUAUAACUGUCACUACUCUCAAUUCUAUGACAAAUCUACCCUCAACUGAAACUCCUCAGUUACUAUCACUAACACUAAUGAUUGGAGCUCCUGUUGUAUUGGUGCUAGUACUCUGUGUUUGUAUUAUCAUAGUAUUUGUGAUUGUGAUAAUUGUUAGGAGGAACAGAAAGAAGAGACUUGUAAAUUUGGACUUGAGUUUUGUUG